GUCCCGAUCGGACUUGAACGGAAAGAAACGUCAGCACGUUAGAGUGACAACUCAGAAACAGCGCAAUGGUGUGAUCAGAAAGCCACAUGGAAGCCCAGCCGGAGUCUGGAGUGGUUUGUGAACGUAGUUUUGCCGUGCCUGUCUGAGACUGCUCUCUUCAGCUCACGAAGUGGUAAAGUUGGCGUUUGUAGGUUUUCUUCAAAUGUCCCCUCUCCCGAGAUUACUUUGAGGCACUUAGAUAUGGGAACAGUUGGAGAUCGCCCGCACAAAAGCACUGGGGAACGGUUUCUCGGUUGAAACGUUUUUUGGUCCCCAUAUCAGGCUCAUUCUGCUGUAUGAGGAAGUGCCCGAUCCCCAUAAAGCUCCCACCCGUUCUCCUGGGGAUUUAUUCGAAAAGAAAUGGUCUCAUCUUGUUGGGACCACCCGGGAAGUAUCAUGCUUGUAAUUAACACCCCGCCGUUCCAGCAGACGUUGGAGACGAACGCACCGCGAUGCUGCUGCACCUGAGGCAGCUGGACCUGGCGCUGGCCCGGCCCACCCCACCGGGUCUCAUUCGGUCGGAGUCAGCGCCGUCGUCGGCAGCGGCACACUCGGUGACGGACGACACGCCGUCACCGGUGCGGUCACCGGUCGGUUCUGCUCCCCUGACCCCGUUAAGCCCCGAGGCGCUACUCCUGACGCAGUUCUGGCAGGAGCUCAGCCCCGAUCAGGGCCUGAACGGCCUUCCUGACGUGCAGGACAUCAGACGCAGGAAGAGCGAGCUGUUGUCUCGCAUAUCGAGCCGGCUCGCCGGCCUGCGGGAGGCGCAGCCGCGGCCGUCGGAGGCGGCUCGCUUCCGCACGUGCGUCGAACAGAUCGGCACCAUCACCAGACUGCUGCUGGGGCUGGGCGGACGGCUGGCGCGCGCGCAGGCCACGCUCGCAGCGCUGCCUGAAAGCUGCGUCGAGGAGAAGGCCCACCUGACCAACAAGCGAGACAAACUGCGCAGCCAGCUGGGGGAGGCGCGCGUGCUGGAGGAGGAAGUUAGCCAUCGGCGCCGCCAGGUGGACACCUGUCUGGAGCGGUAUCUCAGCGCGGACGAGCUUGCCGAGUAUCAGCACUUCGUGCAGAUGAAGGCUAAGCUGAUUGUGGACGCGCGCGAAAUCGAGGACAAAAUACGGGUCGGCGAAGAGCAGUUGGCGGCGUUAACGCGAGCGGCGGGCGCCGUGUGACCAUGCUUGGUGCCAUCUAACGGGCGAUGUUAUUACUGCUGGUGUGUGGGGUCCCCGAGUGUGCGCUAUGCGUGUGACGCGCCCCACUCAAUUGUGACGGCCUUCUCCUCGGGAUAAAAGCGGGUGUGUUAACGGAGCAAGGCCUAGUCAAACGAUGAUGAAAUUAAGUGGGAGAUUGAGGCGCUGAGUAACGUGUGAACGUUUUUUUACGCUGAUGUUGGUAACCUGUGAAGGUUUUUCAGGCAGAUGUUAAGUAACGUAUGAACGUUUUUCACGCAGAUGUUAGGUGAUGUUUGAAUAUGUUUUCACGCAGAUGUUAAGUAACGUGUUAAUUUUUGACGUAGAUGGUCGUGUUUGGUUUUUAAAGGCUUGGUCACCUGCAUUGCUACAAGAUGCACUGCACUGCCAUUCGUGCCUAAACAAUACUAGUUUCGGCAUCUUCAGCUUUGCAGAUGCCGAAGGUGCCCCCUUGCCGACAUGAUCAUUGUUACCCAGUGCAAGCAUGCAUUCAGAAUGCCGACUCCGCACGGUUAAAAUAUGACGGGUACUGAGUGAUUUUUCAUGCCUUGAAAUAAACCGACUUAACAUCCAACACCUAUGUUGUGAUACUUUUCUUGAUUACAGGUUCCGGUGAUGUGUAUGUAUCUGUGCGUGGUUCUUGAUCCACUUGAACGAGCUUGCAGUUAUC